CCGCCGCCGGUCCAGCGCCGUCCGCCCAGCAUCACACAACGUCUCCGAACGUGGCGCGCCGAGCAUCCCCGCAGCCCAGCGCGACGGUCGCGCCCAGACCACGUGCCUCCGCGCCGCGACGCGCUGACGUGCUGGAAGGGCCCAUCUCCGCCGCGUGGCGCGGGGGCCCCGGCCUCGGCCCCGGCCUCGCCCUGCUCCCCAGGGGGGCGCCCGCCUCCAGCGCCUCGCUGCCGGCGACGCUCCCGUUCUACAGCCAGGGGGGCCUCCUCUGCGACGACGGCCCCCCCGGGUCCCUCGCCAACCUCAGCAACAGCCUCGGCUCGGCAGGGGCCCUGUCCGUGCUGCAGCACCACAAGGUCUCGACCGUCCCAAGGAUGUUCCUCCAAGGCUUCUGCUGCCCCCAGCCGGUCGCCGUGGACCCCAGAAUCAACUACGGCAACCAGUCCAACCCGUACUCUACGUACGAGGGCUACCCACAGGCCAUCCACGACGACCACUUCCACACCUACCGCCGAAAGCAGCGACGCAACCGAACUACCUUCAGUGCUGAACAGCUCAAGGAGCUGGAGCGUGCCUUCACCAUGACCCACUACCCGGACGUGUUCGUGCGCGAGGCACUCGCCAACAAGAUCAACCUGACGGAGGCCAGAGUGCAGGUGUGGUUCCAAAACCGGAGAGCAAAGUUUCGCAAAAACGAAAAAGUAAAAGAUGCGCUCCGCCGAGAAGAAAAUCAGGAUGGGAAGGACGACCAGAAAGACGAUAAGAUGAUGGAGGUAGACGGCGAGCGCGGCAGCGUGGCGGGGGACUCGGAGGCGGCCGAGGACGCGUGCGACGCAGGCGCCGAGGCCGGCGCGGACGGCGGGACCCCGCUGCCGCCACCCGACAGCAGCUCGUCCCCGAAUAGCGCCCAGGGCCACGAUCGGGGCCACGACGUCACCGAGGUGCAGGUGCGCGUUGACACCCGGGUGCGGCCCGUAGUCGUGGACGACCACCAGGAGCACAGCCAGGACCACGACGUCACCGCCAGGCGAUCGCGGAGCGCGAGCCGAUCUCCGGAGCCGAUCCGAGCCGCCAGCACUCCCGGCGAGGCAGAGGCCAGCACCAGCCCGUCGACGGCCUCCGCCGAGCCCCGGGGACACCCAGAGCAUGCGCCCGAGGCCCCCGCGCAUACGCCGUCCAGGUCGCCGCACAGCUUCCACCACUUAUUCCAUAGCUUCCCAGAGAGCGGCGCGAUGCGGUCCCUGGAGGGUCACGGCCCGGGGUCGCUCGCCCCCCUGCCGCCUUCCCUCGGCGGCCAGCUGGGCCAGGGCCUGAGCCAGGGCCUCGGCCAGGGCACCCACCGCGGCAGCCCGCCCUUCUUCUUCCCGACGCACUUCGGCCCGCACCUCGGCUCGCAGUUCAGCUCUCCGCUGGGCUUCCACGGCCUAAAAGCCUUUCCAGGAUUGUGCGCCUGCUGCCCGAUGAAGCCCCUAGGGCUGCUGCCGCCACCGCCGGGUGCGCCGUCCAGCCCCGCCCCCGCACCCCACCCCCAGCCGCCCCCGCAGCCUGAGCCGCCACCCUGCCGCCCAGCCGCAGCCUCCCCCGACCAGCAGCGGUCCUCCUCCGUGGCGGAGCUGCGGCGGAAGGCGCAGGAGCAUCAGGCGGCGCUGCUGCAGAGCCUCCACACAAUGUACCAGCUGCCACAGCUGCCCCUGUCCGCGCUGGGGCUGUUCAAUGGGCACCUCGGCGGCUCGCUCGGUGGCUCGCUGGGAGGCUCGUUGGGAGGUUCGCUCGGCCUGCAGUACGCCGCGCUGCACCGCCCGGCCCAGGACGGGGCGUCGGCCGCCGCCUCCGCGCCGCACACUCCGGCGCCGGCGCCCUCGCCGCCCCUGCGUGCCUAAGCGCACCAUUCGAAAUAAGUUGGCACAACUAGCGCGCCGGUUGGAGCCCCUUGACAGCCUGCCCCGCUCCCCCCUCAAGUCUACUAGUUUUGCGGGCGGCGUAAAUGCGAUUACUGAUUGAUCGGAUUGCCGCCUGAUGGACAGACGGGCGGGGCAGGAACAGCGCAGCGCAGAGGCCCGCUGCGCGCCGCUGCGCCGGCCACGGGGGAAAACACGACGCCCUCUGAAUAAUCUUCUGGCGCGCUGGACUUUAGGCACCGCGAUGGAUGAGUACAAAAAUCGCAGCAGCCCCGAUCUGCGGGCUGCAUUGAUGGAAUCUCGACAUUCCAGUAUGCAAAUAUAAUGGUUUGCUACAAAUGUAUUACGUACCAAAGUGACCGAAAGGUCGAGUCGAGUUUGUUGAGCUCGUAGGGCUCGUAAGUGUAUACCAAUAAUUGAAAGCUGUGUAUGUGAUAUGUAGUUGUGAUGAACAUUCUAGUUCUUAUUGUCUUGUUAUGGUACUAAAAGUGCUUUGCGGCUUUCUGCAACAGGCUUCAUGCUUUAAACAUGAUAAAUUUGGUUGUCAACGCCAUUGUUAUUUAGUCACGUUUUGCACUAUCCACGUAGAGAAAAACAAUGAUUUCGUGGUGUACUUCAUGUUUCCUUGUAAAUCUUUUUCUCACCAGUCGUGUGUCUGUCACUGUACUGCUCUAACAGAUCAUAAGGCUUGUCAAGAGGAGAAAAGGAUGUGCUUUAAAGUUUCUUAAACCCCUUCGAUUUUCACUAUUCUAAAUAUAUAUUACAUGAUCUAGAGUGAAUAGUCAACAAAAGGAUUUGUUUUGUGAUAAUUUAUUUUAAUCUUCGCUCACCACGACGAGCUUAUGAGAGUGGUAUUUAUAUAUUCCCUGCCGUGCAAAGUAGAAAAUACUUGCGCACAAUUUAACUGGAACCUCGGUGUAAUGUAGGGCCCCGCUUUGGAGCCCUGCACAAUAAUGUAUAUCUAAAAUAAAAUAUAAGUACAACGCAUUAAAGACAAGUUCGAAAAAACACGAAAAAGCAGAAGCUGUAAUUUUUUUCUAGACCCUAUGUAUUUUAUUUUUUUUGUGUUUUUUUUUUUAUAUUUUUUGAAACUGCUGGUGGAUCCAUGGCAAAACAAGGUCUAUCCUCCAGCAGCA